UACUUCGUCUCUACUCUACUGAGUUUUUCUUCCUCUUACAGCCGCACUCAGGAAGAAGAACAAAUAAAUUAUUUUCAUUUGUUUAUUUAUUUUUGUUACUGAAAUGGCUACUCUGGUUCCUCCUCCGUCAACUACUACAGUUCCACCGGCGAAUUCGAAUUCGGCGGCGGCGGCCGAAUCGGAGAAAAUUGAUUACAUGAAGUUGCCUUGUCCAAUUCCUUAUGAAGAAAUUCACCGUGAAGCUCUCAUGUCUUUGAAGCCUGAGCUUUUUGAAGGCAUGCGUUUUGAUUUUACCAAAGGACUUAAUCAGAAAUUUUCACUCAGUCAUAGUGUUUUAAUGGGGCCUACAGAACUUCCUACCCAGUCUGCAGACGUCGUUAAAAUUCCAACUGCUCACUAUGAGUUUGGAGCCAACUUUUUAGAUCCACAGAUGAUGCUUGUUGGGAGAGUAAUGACAGAUGGGAGGGUGAAUGCUAGGGUGAAGUGUGAUUUGUCUGAAAAUCUUUCAUUGAAAGCCAAUGGACAGCUAACUGGUGAGCCACACAUGUCACAUGGCAUGGCUAACUUCGAUUACAAGGGUAAAGACUACAGAACUCAAUUUCAAUUUGGAAAUGGUGCAUUACUUGGAGCCAGCUACAUCCAGAGUGUGACUCCACAUUUCUCUUUGGGUGGGGAAGUUUUCUGGGCUGGUCAGCAUCGGAAAUCUGGCAUUGGUUAUGCUGCUCGUUACAACACUGACAAAAUGGUUGCUGCGGGGCAAGUUGCUAGUACUGGAAUGGUGGCACUGAGUUAUGUUCAGAAAAUUUCUGAAAAGGUGUCGCUAGCAUCAGACUUUAUGUACAAUUACCUGUCUAGAGAUGUUACAGCAAGCUUUGGUUACGAUUACUUUCUUCGGCAGUGUCGUCUCAGAGGGAAGAUUGAUUCCAAUGGAUGUGUUUCUGCGUUCUUGGAAGAACGCUUAAACAUGGGGCUGAACUUCAUUCUGUCGGCUGAGGUCGAUCACAAAAAGAAAGACUAUAAGUUCGGCUUUGGACUCACAGUCGGAGAAUAAGGAGGCAGGCAACGUAGACAGGGAUUUAGGUUUUAAUAUAUGAGAGCAAGAUUAAAAUCAAAAGCGUCUUAACAAGUGAUGUUUUUUCCUCAGCGAUAAAAGAACCGAAACAUCAGUUUUGUAUUUUUAUCGUUCGACAUUGUUUCUUUGAGACAUUCUUUAGACACACCAAUAGUUGAUUUUCCAACUUGAGAUAUUCUUUAGACAAUUUAGAAUUGUAGAAUUGACUUGUUAGAAAGAGAUGUACCAUUCUGGUUUUACUGCAUCUGGCUACUAUGUGCUUAAUAAUUUUACGGUUGAAGUUAAUUUAGAGUUCAGUUUAUUGCAGAGGCAAA